AUGAUAGCCAAUGCGGUGGGCUUCUCGCAGCCUGUGCAUAAAGUGUACAAUGUCCUUCCACCCCCUCGUGAGGAUUUGGAUGACAUUCUGGCCAUACUCUUUACGGGCCCUUGCAGGCCGGUCGAGGCAGAUUUUAAACGUACACCGUUACUGGUGCGUCAUCGUGCAGUGUUGGAUGCGCUUCAAUGGCUGACGUUGAAUCAUGAAGAUUACACCGAUGUUGACAUUUCAAUGUCGAACCUCCACGAGUAUCCAGAAGGGGUGCCGCCCGUUACCGUCCUCCACCGAUUAUCGGAUGGGACAACCCCUGCUGAAGCGUUGUCAGUGCAUGAAUUCGAUGACGAACGUGGUGCGUCAUCUGGCCCGUGUCCCUUCGUCGUUCAUGGAUUAUCGUCUGCUGAUCUGGCCACUAUGUCCUAUCAGGCACGUAUAGCAACUGCGUUAAGCUUUUUCUCCGGUGGAGGAGGUGUACUAGGAGUUGGUCACAGCGGUACCCCUGAGAGCAUCUAUCAUAACCCGCGGCUGUUUCCGGGUAUGUUCCCGUGGCUGUUCCCUUAUGGGCUGGGCGGAUUCGACAAC